AUGUCUCUGAGUCUCGACUUUCUCCCCCAAGACUUCUACUUCGACUUUCACCCUGACGGCCCUCCCCACCAGUUCUAUCGCCGCCAAUUCCUCAAUCUGCAAGAUAGAGCCAGACCGCCCGGUGAACGUGAACGCAGUCUCUCCCCUACCGACUCAGAGCCCUCGUGCUAUCCCGCCCCUUCCACCUCCCCCUCUCCCCCCUCGAGCAUCGCGACCAUGGACCUCGAGAUUCUGGACAUGGGCAGAUUCACCGACGAAGACCCCGUGCACACGCCCCGGCGCCGCACCAGGAGUGUUGAGCCCUCCACCACUCGCCUCUCCAUCCACACGCCCACAAAUCGUUACUUCCAGAAUCCUCAUUAUCCUCACUCGGUUGUCAACACGCCGGCGUAUGGAAAUGCCCCGACACCCCAUGCCAUAGCCGCCCGCAGAGCCCUGGAUCAGCGCCGCCUGGCCAUGUUCACGCCUGGACGCAGCCGUCGUCAGAGCUUCCGGGACCAGAGGGAAACGCCCAUGAAUAUCCUACGCAACCUUGGCCGUGCCCUAGCCCCGACCAGCAAUGUCAUUGCCUCAUCGUCAUCCCCGGAUAAGGUCUCUCCUGAUAGCAAUGGCAAUGACAACCGCAACGGAGAGGCCAGUGGCAGCGGCAGGUCUCGGCGUGACGACGACGACGACGACGACGACGAGCUGCCCAUUGACAGGCCUCGCUUGUCUUUGCCCCUGGACGAGGGCUCCUCGGACGACUUGCAGCCCCCGCAGUCGUCGAUCCUUGAAGAGGGCAACCUGACUGUCCAGUCUGUUGAGCUGCCUCGUCGGGCUACCAGCGAGGGGCCCCCUAGACGGAGCUUUGGCUUUUAUCCUGGAGUCAGCGACGACAUCAUAUGGGAUGACAUUUACGGAGAGUAUACAGGGUCAGAUCCAUUUCCCAGGCCCAUCGAGCUCGCUCCUCGUGCUCCCAUGGAUCCAGAGAUUGCAGACUUGCGGCGCCCCCCUGGUUACCGUCGUGAUAGCGACUUUAGCCUUGAAAUGCCCUCAGGCCUGAGCGACAACGAUCAGACCACCUUUUACAUGAGGUCUCCCGUCAUCGACGACAUCCACAGUGUCCUCAAUGCCCCCAAUCCCGUGGCCGAUGACAUUGCACUCAUGCGUGCAAAGAGCCAGGCAGACGCCGACAAGACGAUGGCUUUGGCAGACGACGACCAGUUCCCCGACAUUGGCGACUUUGGGUCCGUGUCGAGCCUCGGAGACGCCGAGAUGGAAGCCAUCACCCAGAUUGACUUUGAGACGCUUGGCCGCGAGCCGGAGAAGGUCAACGACGACAUCGAGGGAUACCCACACGGCCGGCCGAGGAAGAAGAAGAAGGUCAGGAUCUCCAGGCACAACAUCGAGUACCCGCAGCUGCCGGCCGUCUUUGUCAGGCAGGUUGCCCAUACCGCCAUGCAGACCACAGGCUUCGUCAACCAGAGGAUCAGCGCCGACACCCUCGACGCCCUGACGCAGGCUUCGGACUGGUACUUUGAGCAGCUGGGCGACGAUUUGGGAGCCUAUGCGAACCACGCCAACCGAAGGACCAUUGAGGAGCGCGAUGUGAUUACUCUCAUGAACAGACAACGCCUCCUCAACCAGGAAGUAUCCCUGUUCCAUCUGGCCAACCGCCAUCUCCCGCGCGAGCUCCAGCAGAUGCUGAGAUGUGCUGUUCCCGCAGCCAGACCUAAUGGACAUGCUGGCCAUGCCGUGUAUUCCACGCAGACACAUACCCACACCACGUAUUCUACCACCCAUACCGCGUAUGUGCCCCGUCAAGGCGGCGGCUCCAAGCGGAAGCGAGACCAAGAGCAUGAGCAUGACGACGAGGAAGAGGAUGACGGGGAAGAGGAGAUGGUGUAUCCAGAGGACGAGGAAGAGGAAGAAGAGGAAGAUGAGGAAUGA